UUGAAACUUAGUGUGAAAAAACCUGAACAAACUCUUGCAAUGCCAAAAGAAAGGAUUCAUUAUCAAAUGGAUUUUGAUAACAAACAAAAAUUUGAUCCUCUAAGUGACUUAAGUCAAGCAACCCCUAUCGUAUCGCUACCCGAUACUUUUAAUAACACUAGCUUGAAUCUUGAAUUAACUG